GCAGGACUUUGGAAACAGCAUUUCUUUUUCCAACAUGGUGUACGAGUGUAUUGUUAUAGGAGCAGGAAUCCAGGGCUCCUUUACCGCCUACCAGCUCGCCAAAAAUAACAAGAAAACUCUCCUGCUGGAGCAAUUUCUUCUGCCACACUCUCGUGGAAGCUCUCAUGGCCAGACACGCAUCAUCCGGAAGGCUUAUGAAGAAGACUUCUACGUACACAUGAUGGAGGAGAGCUAUGAGCUGUGGGCCGAGCUGGAAAAGGAGUCAGGGGUAACGCUUUACAGGCGUACUGGCCUGCUGGUGAUGGGUCCAGAGAACGGAAAGGACUUCCAGCUCAUUAAGAGCUCAAUGCAGAGGAACAAGAUUCCCUGUGUGGUGCUGGAGAGAGACGACUUCAGCCAAAACAUCCCCAAUGUGAACCUGACGAGCGGAGACGCUGCACUUUUGGAUACCACUGCCGGAGUUUUGUACGCAGACCGAGCACUCCGAGCGGCCCAGAUGGUGUAUCAGUCACAUGGCGGUGUGAUAAAAGAUGGAGAGAAAGUGAUUCAUAUUGAGCCUGGCGAUUUAAUCACAGUGACGACAGACGCUGGCAAAUAUCAAGCAAAGAAUCUGGUGAUCACAGCUGGUCCCUGGGCCAAAACACUUCUCUCCCACACUGGACUGCAGCUUCCACUGCGGGUGGUAAAGAUAAAUGUGUGCUACUGGAAGGAGAAGGUUCCAGGCUCCUACAGCAUCAAUAAUCACUUCCCCUGCUUCAUCCAGGUGCAGCCAAAGGAGGCAGAGAAUGACAUCUAUGGCCUCCCAUCCAAUGAAUAUCCAGGACUGAUGAAGGUUUGCUACCACAUGGGCAGUGAGACCGAGCCGGAUGAGAGAGACAAACAGACAGAUAGACAGGACGUGGAUGCUGUGUCUAGCUACAUCAGCCGCUGCUUGCCUGGCCUCGUGCCUGAGCCUGCUGUCGUGGAGAGCUGCAUGUACACGGUCACACCUGAUAAGAAUUUUGUCCUGGAUCGUCACCCAACCUACAGCAACAUCGUGAUUGGAGCCGGGUUUUCAGGACACGGUUUCAAGUUCGGUCCUGUUGUCGGGAAAGUACUGUGUGAGCUGAGCAUGGGCCGGAAUCCUUCCCAUGACCUUUCACCAUUCAGCAUCCAGCGUUUCCAGGACAACCCCAAAUAAAAUCCAUGAUGCCGUUAUGUCUAGAAAAAUACAUGUGAAAAUUUUCAAUUUAGUUUUAAGGAAGAUGCACAUCAUUUUAAUGAUAAUACUUUAUAAUUUCUAUGUUUCUAUUAAUCACCUGUACAAGGUGGUAUCGAAAAGUUUUGAGACCCGGAUCUGUGCACCAUAGAUCCAGCUUUCACCGUAUGUCCUCUCUCAGACGCCUUGUAGAAUGGCCCCUGGGGAUGAUGAGCAUGCAAGCUCAUCAGUCAAGCUACGGACCUGCCUCGCUUUUUUUAGUCAUGGAGAUGAUGAGCUCUUCCACUGUCUUAGGGUCGUACCUAUACACCCACGUUUUGUCACCGGUAAUGAUCAACAUGAUGACGAGUCAUCCAUGACACCUUGAUGGAGUUUUUGGCCGACUUUGCCGUGAUGUUCCUUCUGCUCCUGGCUCAUCAAGACAAACUUAGCAGCAACGGUGCAUGUUGAAAUCACACGUGAGAAUUGCCUGGACUGUUCUAUAUGACACGCUGAUAAUAGCAACAAAGAUGUGGAUUGUUCUCAG